AAAUUCUCAUUAUCUUGAAACUGGACCGUUCCAACACUUGGUUGUAGAACCAUCUGGACGGAAACAAGAAUUUAAACGAACGCAGAAUCCUUCAUUUGGAGGUGGUCUGGCACAUACAUGCCCAGACAUAAAACAGUCUUUGUCUUCCUUGCACGUGAAUACCGCGAAAAUAUUGUGC